UCGGUUCUGUUAACAGGCGGAGAAUUAGUGCCGUAAAAAUUAAUUUAAUACAGAUUGGAAAACAUUAAUUGAAAAUGGCUGGUUUACAACAAAUAGCGCCAAUUCCGAAUAACAGUAUCCCUGUUAUGGGUAGUAUUCCAACUGUAGUUUAUCAGCAACAGCCGGGUGUCGUCCUUGCUGGCCAACAGUUUCAAUACACCCCAAAAAAGCCGUUUGCCCCGAGAGAAAGAAAUCCCAAUGAAGAACAAUGUAAAAUUUUUGUUGGAGCUGUUGGUCGAAAUACAACAGAAGAGUCUCUAAGAGCAUACUUUGGAAAGUUUGGUGAGAUUUCAGAUAGUGUUAUAAUGUGCAAUAAACAAACUGGUGAACCAAGAGGUUUUGCAUUUGUGACAUUUAAAUAUCCUGAUGCUGUUCAAGCUGUUAUUGAUCAGUGUAGUAAUGGUGGUCAUACCCUCGAUGGUAAAACUCCAUUGCAAGUACGCAAAUACUUCCCAAAAGCUGAGUAUGAUGCAGAGAAAGCAGCAGUUGCAGCUAGUAAUGGUGUUGGUGCUAAUGGUAGUAAUUCCCAGUUUCAGUACAAAGGGCCAAUGAAAGUAAACCCUGAGCUAAAAGUAUUUGUUGGUGGCAUUGGAAUUGGAACAACAGAAGAUGAUGUUCGAAAAUAUUUCAGUACAUUUGGAAAGGUUGUACAAGUUGACAUGCCAUACCACCAUAUAUAUAAAUGCCCUAAAGGAUUUGCUUUUGUUGGUUUUGAAAAUUCGGAGUCAGUGCAUGCUGUAACUCAAGACAGAUAUCACCAAAUCAAUGGCAAAACGGUAGAAGUAAAGGGGGCAGAUGAACAGGCGCAACAUUUCAAUAAGAGACGUGAGGCAAUGUCUUCUUUUGGUCGUGGGCGGGGCAUUGGAGUUCAGCAACAGACAGCAAUUGGCACUGUUUCAGGAUUUGGUGCUUUUUCAUUGCCUCAACAACAGGUUUUAGUGCCUCAGAAUAUUGGUGGAAUUACUCAAUAUACAGCUGUGCAAAUGCCACAAACACAAACAGCUGGAGGAUAUGUUUUUGACCCUUCGACAAAUACUUACUAUCAGAUCCCAGCGACUCCUAUUAUUACAGGAACAGCUGGUGGUACUUUGGUUAGUCAGCAAUUUGCUCAACCGGGUAUAACCUAUCUAAGUACAGGAGCACAGUUUCAAAGGCCCGGUACAAUAACAGCUGAUAUGCUGUCUAGCUUGACAUCAGGACAAGUCGCUGCAAUUGGUGGUGUUUAUUCCAGUGAAACCUCUCAAUUCGGUCCUGCACGAUCUCACAUUUUAGCUGGUACACAUCAACCCAUGGCCGGUAACGCCGUCGAUCCGCAUGUUGUUUAUUCUUCAUCGACCUCUAUUUCGGCUGGUGACGUUGCUGCCAUUUCUUCUCAACGAGGAUACCAUCCUUAUGGUAGAUAAACUUGAAUCUGCUUUAGACAGUUAUAACUUUUAACAGAACUAACUGCUGGUGUCCUAAUGUUUCAUACAAAGGUGGUAUCGGGUCUCAAUUAUUGCGAAGAGGUUUUUUAUUGUGUUUUAAACAGCCAAUACAACGAUAUUUAGCGUUAAUCUUCAUAAAUUACUAAAAUUAUAAUAUAAACAUGCUUGAUGGAUAAUCGCUUGCAUUUUAUGAAAGAUAUAAAUAUGCGGCUCCGAUAAACUGUUGUAGUCUGCUUUUAUUUACUCGUUUUUGAUGUUAAACUUGUUUUCGCUUUUGUUCAAAUUUUGUGACUAAUUUGAACUUAAAACAAUUUUACUGACAUGGUA